GCUGUUUACCACCACUCCUCUUGUUGUCCUUUCAUUUCUGCAAAUCUGAUAGAGAGAGUUUUUCCUCGGGGUCAUGGGAUUUCUCCCUUAUCGGCCUGUCUGCCUGCGCUACAGGCUGUAAACUUCUGAGCAGCUGCGAAGAUGUGCUGAAGGGAAUUUUUUUGUAGACAUGAUUGCUACAGUGGAAUUACUUUUUAGAGGGCGAUUUUUUUUUUUUUAGGAGAACAAAUCCACUUCUGUGCUGGCAGAGGCGAGUAAACAUGGAGGCAGUGUAGCAGCAAACGGGGGCUCAGCUUUCUCAGCAGAUAUUUCCAGAAGAGGAAAAAAAUCAUGCUUUGGCUCAAAGUUGGAUGACCGCAACUGGCAAUGGGGGUUGUGAAUGUCUACCACUUGGAUGUGUAGAGACAUGACAGACUGGACGAAGACAAAAAAGUAGGACUUCAGCCUGGACAUGGGCGAUUUUGACAAGAUCUGGCGCGAGCACUGCGAGGAUGAGCAGACACUGAGUGAGUACGCGCUGGCCAUGAAGAAUCUCGCAGACAACCACUGGACCAAAACCUGCGAGGGAGAGGGACGCAUUGAAUGGUGUCGCAGUGUCUGUCAAGAAUACUUUUUGGAUGGUGGGAUGAAAAGAAUGUUGGAGAAGGAUGAGAAAAGUGCCACGCUCGCCAUGGGUCUGACUGCAGCGUCCGUAAGUGCCCAACCAUACAGCACCAUCCCAAGUUCAAUCUCUCAGCGGGGAAAGAUGCGACUCCUUGAUGUGGGAAGCUGCUUCAACCCUUUCUUGAAGUUCGAUGAGUUCCUUACAGUUGGUAUCGACAUAGUGCCUGCAGUUGAGAGUGUGUACAAGUGUGACUUCCUCAACCUUCAGCUCCAGCAGCCUCUGCAGCUGGCGGACGAUGCGGUCCAGGCCUUUCUCCGCCAGCUCCACAACCCCAUUGACGCUCUGCCGGCUCAGCUGUUCCACGUGGUGGUCUUCUCGCUGCUCCUCUCCUACUUCCCCUCACCGUACCAGCGCUGGAUCUGCUGCAAGAAGGCGCACGAGCUGCUGGAGUUGCACGGCCUGCUGCUCAUCAUCACGCCCGACUCGUCCCACCAGAACCGCCACGCCCUCAUGAUGCGCAGCUGGCGCGUGGCGGUGGAGUCACUGGGCUUCAAGCGCUACAAGUACAUCAAGUACUCCCACAUGCAUCUCAUCGCCUUCCGCAAGGCAUCUCUGGCCACCACCAGUGACCUGGUGUCACGCAACUACCCCGAGAUGCUCUACAUCCCUCAGGACUUCCACGCCAAUGAGGAGGAAGACUGCGCCGACGUGCCCGUGCAGGUGCGCUCCGAGUUUGAGGACGACCAGCUGGCUUGGGGCUUCACGGAGCUACCUGACACGCCCUAUGAUUCCGAUUCUGGGGAGAGCCAGGGCAGCUCGGUGCCUGGCUUCCAUGAGCUAGAGGACCCCAUACUGCUUCAGAGCUAGGCUAAACCAGCUAUGCCCCCGUAACAACCCCCCCCCCCCUUCUACUGCUGCGCUGCCAAAUUUAUCCUGCUGCAUUCUUCUCCACCUUAUACUCCCUCUCCUCUAAUGCAGUUUGCACAGUGUGAAAGAGAGAAGUUUACAAAUUAUUUUCUCAUAUACACACACACACACACUUCUCUUAGAGUACACACACACGCAUACACAGACAUGAAGACAGACACAGACACACACACACUAAGAUGGAUAUAUUUUGAUAAAUAGUUAGGUUUUUUAAGAGUUGGAAAGUGAACUCCCUUAAGAUAUCUUAAAUCCCUGCUCCUUGAUUUUGAUCCCAUCUUCAGCCCUCAAUAACAAAAGUCAGCUUGUCUACAUUCUGUAGUCAGUCUCUAUUUAUAUAAGCUAGUGCGGCAGGCUGCUUAGCAUAAAUGCCAAAUACAGCAACCAAGCAGUCCGGUAGGAGUCUGAUUGCACUGGAGGGAUUGAUAUGGAAUGACUGGACUUGGUACGCUUGCUUCUGUCACAGUCAUGCAGCUAGACUUUUUGAAAAAAAUCUUGAUGUGCAUUUAGUUUUUCCAAGACAAAAAAAAAAGUUAAAUGUUUUGAAAUCUAUAUUCUCAAGAGUCAAAACAUUGGUGUUGUCCAGUGCAAAGUGUGGCAAUGCCAUUUUAACUUGGCAUCCUCUGAAUGAUUUGUGUCUCUUUUACAAGAAAAGUGGUAUUUGUAGCAUUUUAAAGCAUUUUCAGAAGCAUACAGUAGGAGUAUUACUAGGUUUACUAAUGUGAAGCUGUAACUGUGUUUACUCAUUGUGUAACAAGGUACGAUCGUUUUCAAAGUAGGUUUUACACUUUAUUUUUCCUCCUCUCAUUGUCCUCACAGAUAUUAAUAAUCAGUUAUCUCCUGUUAGAUUUCCAGUACAUUUUUACUCUCGAGCAGAGAAAUAGUACAACACUGCACGUCAGUGACCCACAGUAAAAGGACUUGACAGCACCGGUACCCUUUGACACAGUUUUGUAACUUCAAUGUGAAAAUACAGAAAGUACUCGGCCUCCGAAAAAUAUCUAGAUCUGACCGCCUCACAGUCAGAAAAAUCCACCUCGACAGAAGAAGUUUGCACUAAUUUACUGUUUUGUCGUACAGAAGCUCUGAACCAGGUGAGAUACUGUCGAUUUUUAGCAAUAGCCAGCAAGACCAGAUCUGAAGACACUACCAGGUGAAACGUCAGUGUCCCUGCCUGUCCCUGAACAGGCAGAAUGUGUGGGUGUGGUUGGGUUUGUCAGCGUGAAUGAAGGAAUUAAUUUACUUGAUAUGUAGUUGGGUUUUUUUGCCUGUGGCACUUUAUCAUUGAUCCCAAAGGGUGUCACAAAAUGUAAUUAUUUUCCUAUGAUGACAGUUUCACAACCAAUACGAUGGACCCAUAUCAUAAUACUAGUAAGUCUAAGGUGCCUUCUUUGUCCACAUUUAUGUUGCAAGCAGACUUUCAUAACCCCCGGAGAGAAUGACAUUCAUACCGUUUUAACAAAUGAUUUCAAGCGUCUUUGGCCUGACGAUACAUACAAAGUAUUCUGUUCUCCUUUUGUCACACUAGUGGUUACAAGAAACAUUUCCAGUGUCGAUGUAAUGAAGUGUGUUGUUGCCAUUCCUAUAUUCAUUUUCCAGUAAUGCACAUCUCUCGGUAGAAGAAAAGAAAGAAAACAUUUAACAGUACCAAACAUAUUCAGACUCUGAAGCAGGGUGUGUUGUGACUGAUUGGUGCGUUUGUCUUCCAGUGUUUCUUUUGGCCAAUUUGCAUGAGAUGGAUCCAUCUUCAUUAUCAGCGUUUUCAACAAUGCAGAACAAUGUGUGCUUGUAGUAUGGUUGUAUUCCUCUUUUAUAAAUGAAUGUGAAUGUAAA